UGAAUUGGUUCUGUUUGCUUUGAUCAAAGUUUUCAAUAAAGACGACGAAGAGGGAAGGGGGACUUGCAGUGUGGCAGCGCUACAAUCUGUUAAAUUACCGCGACUGUUAUUACAGCUGCCGAAAGACGCUUUUGGAUUUGGAUGGAUUUUUUUUUUUUAGGGGGAGGGCUAUUAAAAUUCAGUAAGGGGAACUGACAGCAAGAAGCUGGUAGACAGCUGUGGUUUCAUGAGCUGGGCAGAUGAUCGAGUCGCGUAUCCUGCAUGGUGUAAUCGAAUUUACCGGUGAUACAAUAUAUUCACGUGUUAUUUGUUUAUCUGUGAUCAAAAGUCAGAACUAUGGAUUCCUCGGCUUUGGAGUUGGAUGCAGUAAAAUUCGCUAAAUGUGCCGUUUUGAAUGACCAAAAGGGGAAAUACAAUGAAGCUGUUUUUUAUUAUAAGGAAGCUGCUCAGGCCUUGAUUUAUGCUGGAAUGGCAGGAUCAAAACUGGAGAAUAUCCAGGAUAAAAUUAGCGAAUACUUAGACAGGGUGGAGGCCCUUCACACUGCAGUUCAGGCACAGAGCAUUGAUCCCCUUAAGUCAAAGCAUCAGCUUGAUCUGGAGCGGGCUUACUUUCUGGUCACACAGGCCUUUGACGAUGAUGAGAAAGGCAACGUGGAAGAAGCUAUAGAACUAUACACGCAGGCUGUGGAACUGUGUAUAGAAACGGCUAAUGAGACUUCUGACCAAACCCUCCAACUCAAACUGAAACAACUAGCUCGGCAGGCCCUUGACAGGGCAGAGGGUCUUAAAGAUGCCCUGCCUAAGCCAACUCCCAAGGACAGACCUGCAUUGGCCAAACCCAGUAACCCAGUGAGAACCUUCCAGCCCCUGGGACCCGACUUCAGCCUGCAAGAUAAACCCCAGCCAGUCCGACCGGUGCAGUCCUGCGAGCCACAAGGACAGAAGUACACGUGCGAGGAAAUUGAAGUCUUGAGGAAGACCUCUAAGAUUAAUGGUAUAGAAUAUGUCCCAUUCAUGAGCGUUGACCUAAAGGAACGGUUUGCCUUCCCAAUGCCAUUUUCAGAUAAAUGUGGAAAGCUCGCCCUGUCACCCAAACAGAAAGCCAUAUUCUCCAGGUGGGUUCGCCCAGAUGAAAUUUCCAACAACCCCACCAUGAUCUUCACUGUGUCCAGCUUUAGCAUCAAACAGACUGUGGUAUCAGACUGCUCUUUUGUGGCAUCACUGGCAAUAAGUGCAGCAUACGAGAGACGUUACAACAAGAAGUUAAUCACAAGCAUUAUCUACCCUCAGAACAAAAAAGGACAGCCUGAGUAUAACCCAUGUGGCAAGUACAUGGUCAAGCUUCAUAUAAACGGGGUUCCCAGAAAGGUUAUAAUUGAUGACUAUUUGCCAGUGGAUCACAAUGGGGAGCUGCUCUGUUCCUACUCCAGCAACAGGAAUGAGCUGUGGGUGUCCCUGAUUGAGAAAGCCUACAUGAAGGUUAUGGGGGGGUAUGAUUUCCCGGGUUCCAAUUCGAAUAUUGAUCUUCAUGCUCUAACUGGUUGGAUCCCUGAACGAAUUGCUAUGCAUUCAGACAAUCAAGCUUUCAGCAAAGACGACACUUUUCGAAUGCUGUAUCAAAGGUUUCAUAAGGGACACGUCCUCAUCACGACAGCAACAGGGGUGAUGACAGAGGAGGAAGGCGAGCGGUGGGGCCUGGUGCCCACACAUGCUUACGCUGUCCUGGACAUUCGAGAAUACAAGGGGCUUCGGUUUCUUCAGCUCAAAAAUCCUUGGAGCCACUUGCGCUGGAAAGGGCGCUUCAGCGAGCGCGACGAGAAGAGCUGGACGACAGAACUGCUCAAAUACCUCAAUUUCGACCCCAAAACAGCACAGAAAUUUGACAACGGGGUGUUCUGGAUUACCUGGGAAGACCUGUGUCAGUACUAUGAUGUGAUAUAUCUGAGCUGGAGUCCUGCACUUUUUAAAGAAUCAUCUUGCAUUCACAGCACGUGGGACGCGAAGCAGGGUCCAGUGAAAGAUGCUUACAGCCUGGCUAACAACCCACAGUUCAAGCUGGAGGUGCAGUGUCCACAAGGCGGAGCUGCAGUCUGGGUUCUGCUCACCAGACACAUUACAGAUAAGGAUGACUUUGCUUCUAACCGGGAGUUCAUCACCUUGGUUGUGUACAAGACAGAUGGAAAGAAGGUCUACUAUCCAAGUGACCCUCCACCUUAUAUUGAUGGCAUUCGAAUAAACAGCCCGCACUACCUUACUAAAAUCAAGUUGACGACCGCAGGGACCCAUACCUUUUCACUGGUGGUAUCUCAGUAUGAGAAGCAGAAUACUAUUCACUAUACAUUGAGGGUGUACUCCGGAUGUAAAUUUAACUUUUCGAAGAUCCCUACUCCCUACACUCAUUACAAGAGGAGCAAUGGUCAGUGGAAAGGUCACAGUGCUGGUGGCUGUGGGAACUACAAAGAGACCUACAAGCACAACCCGAUCUACCAGUUCCAGCUGGAGAAGUCAGGGCCAUUGCUGAUUGAGCUGCGAGGGUCACGGCAGUACAGCGUUGGGUUUGAAGUCAUUACUGUCUCCACAGUGGGGGAACCUGGACCUUCAGGCUUUCAAAAGAAAAGCAGCGGAGAUUACAGGUGUGGAUUUUGCUACAUGGAGGUUGAUUUUUUACCCGCUGGUGUUUACAACAUCAUUCCCACCACCUUUCUCCCCAAUCAGGAGGGUCCCUUUUUCCUGGACUUCAACAGCACAACGCCACUCCGGGUUUCCCAGCUCCAGUGAUGUGGGGUGGGGUGGGGGUGGGGGGAGGACAGUAGCCCAAUUCUCAGGAUGCACUUGCUCAGAGCCCAAGAGGUCAGGGUUAAAGGUCCAGUGAAAAACUCACAACUGACAAGUAUACAGACUUGUUCUUGCAUGGGUGGAUAGUGCAAUAUUGGAACAGCUGUAGAGGGAUUGACACGGCUGAUGGACUCUGUUUACUGUAAUUCUCGUGGUCGUAUUAUUCAACCAAAAAGGAUUUGUCAACCAUCUGGACCAAGCCUGCAUUGGAAUAUUUACAUUUCACUGUACAUCACCAAAAACAACCCAAAACAAUUCCAUUAAGCACACAAAAUCUGAGUAUUGUUAGUGGUAGCAGAGUAUAUGCCCUUGAUAUUUUAGGCGAAGUUCAAAGCUCAUUUGUUGUUCAUUAAUAAGUGCACUUGUUAUUUUACACAUUGUCCAGGGCUGAAGGGCUUGUAUAGUUACGAACAACCAGUAAAGAGAAUGCAGGUGUUUUUUUUUGUUUUUUUUAAAUUACAACUUCAACAGUAUCAGAAAGAGUAGAGCAGUGUUUAUUUGUGACAUGCUUUGUGUAAGCCUGCAGCCCAGGGAAGAACAGAGGUGCAUCUGUCUGUUUUGUGAUUUUCAGUUCUCUGCUCUGUGAAAGGCACUAAGUUAAACUGGGAUUGGGUGCUAGAGUGUUUGCAGUUCUCCACAGUUAGGUCAUUUUUAGUAAAUGCCAUGUUAAGUUCUGGGGGGAAAAAUAUGUAUGCAGUAAAAAUGGACUUUGUAUGUCUUACUUGUUUCAGGUAUAUUAAUAGUACAAAUACAAUUAGAUUCUGACUGCCAGUGGCAUAGCUAGAAAUGGAAAUGUGAAUGGGCCCCAACUACUGAUGUCACAGCAAAUCAUGUAUAAUUUAAAACAAUGAAACUCCUGAAUAUCUUGAAUAGCACCCCUGUACAUCCAUUUAACAUGUUUCAAGAAGACAAAAAAUUGAUUUUGCAUACAUCUGCAGUAAAUGUACUUAAAAAAGCCAAACAAGUGGCGUCACCAAGCUCAUUUUCCAUAUUAACCAAUUAGUAAAUUAAAGUCACUAAAUUAUUUCCAUUGCCUAGAUAGUGCACUCUUUCUCUGCACCACGUUUCUGCAGGAAAAAGUGUCUGGGGUUGUUGCUAAAUAUGGUAAUUAGAGUCAUAAUCCAGAGAAUUGCACAGGUCCUUUUCAAACGACAGGAGAGACAGCACAUUCAGGAGACUUGUCAGCAUCGAUGCUUGCACAGCUGUUUUAAUCCUGUUCACAGUGGAGAAGAGCCUGUAUACUAUACAGGUGGUCACUGAGAGCGAGAUUAAAACUCUUAAAGGUUGAAAGAUUGAAACAGAUUAAGGUAGUGAGAGUUACAAUACACGUUAUUUAUAUUAUUAUUUGUUUAUUUAGCAGACGCCUUUAUCCAAGGCAACUUACACAUAAAUCGCUCUCUGAAAUUGGCGGUUCAAAAUUACAAAUACUCCUUUAUUUCCAGACAUAACAUGCUCCAUCAAAACUGAAGCUGACACACAAUUCGGGAUCCAGUUGAAGAACUUGAAUGCUCUCAGAAAUUCCAUUCGUUGUCAUGUCAGCUGUAUCCACAAAUCCCACCUCUCUAACUUCUAUGUUGUGCAUGUAUCAAACUGUUUUGACACAUCUUGGCAUUCAUAGCCAAGGAUUGCAUAAUGUACUGGGGACCUGGGGUGUAAUUCUUGUUUAAUCUUGCACAGAAGUAAUGAGGCUGCAGCUUCUAGAAGGUCAUUCGUUAUAUCUGGGCCCAGCAUUGUAGUAUUUUUAAGAAGCUUUUCAAGUUGACUUUGAAUUCCAUUCUCAUAUUUUCUGAUCUAGUUUGAAAAGCUCAAGAAAGUUCAAUUUUACACAGAACAGCAUUAAUGUCAAGCAUGACAUUAAUAAUAUGCUUCUGAUUUUAACCUACUAAGCAGAUUUUAACUGCAUCCUUGUUCAACUGGUUCAAAAUAUUUCCACGACCUGAUAACUGACACUGUUCCUGGUUGUCAUAUUUAGAGAGUGUGGUUGCAUACACUUUGCAUGACUCGUGUUUGGAGCAGGUCUGGUGCAUAUGCUUCCAAUCACUAAAGCCACUCUGAUGAAUCACCCAAAUGCAAUUUUACAAACACAUUUUGCUAAAUUCUACAUUUUUUGAUAUGCAAUAUUCCAGCCAUUGCAAUCUUGUAUACCAGUCUGAUGCAAUAGUCGCAUUCAUUUUCACACGUUGUCAUUUCCAUUGCUGAAUACAUCAAGGUCGAUGAAGAUGGUAUGUCAGUGGAUUUGUUAUCUCUCCAUUGUCGAUUUUAUUAAAUUACAUAGACUAAUUUGUUUUCCAAUGUUGACUGCAGCACACCUGUUAGAUUGUAAGUUUGCUUAAACUAUUUACAUUUAAAAUAAAGUUGGAAUAUGGA